AUGCCAUCAAAAUUCCAAAAACUUAGUAAACUUGCACUUCUUGUUGCAUUAAUAAUUUUUUAUUUGUUGCCUACAGAAUCGUAUUUAACUCCACGAUCAAAGGCAAAAGGUCAAGUAAAAGAUGGAUGUACGAAAUUAGCUAAAAACAUUUUAUCUUCACCCAGUUAUGAUAAUGUUAAAGCAUGUAUCAAAGGAUUCAAGUACGAUGCUAAACGAGCAAAACAAAUGAUCGAUAUUGCAGAAGCAGUUUUUCUAGAUUUCUAUAGUUUAGCUGACCAAGCCAAUGAAAUUCCCAAAAAUGGUUCUAAUUUUAAACCUACAGACUUUAAACCUAUAGACUUGAAGAAAGAACUGAACUCGUUACGUGAUAAAAAAUUUAAAUCUGAUUUUGAAUUCAUGACGACUUUAAGAAACCUAAUUGCAGAUUCAAGAGAUCUGGGUGUUCGAUUUAAUCAAGCAUUGGCUUCUCUUACUAAGCGUUUUGAUAAAUGGCUUAUUGCUGAGGGGACAAACCAAUUUGCAUAUAGGUUUGAUUUACCUGAAACCUCUAAUAUCAGUUAUACAUUACUUUGUUCUGGAAAAAAACGCAAUUUAGUCAGGAAUUGGGAUAUAAACUUCCUUGGUGAUACUGAUUUUGAUGACAGCAAAAGUUAUUUUAAAAAAAAUUGUUUAUAUAAUUCAUUUCAGUCUGCGAAAAAUACAUCAUUAGAAAUGAAUUAUAAUCAAACAACUGCAUCUCAUAGUAAUAAUAAAACCACUAAAUAUCAACUUGAACCAGUGUUAGAUGCAAAAAAUACAUCAUUAGAAACGAAUUCUAAUCAAACUACUACACCUCAGAGUAAUAAUCAAACCACUAAAUCUCAACUUGAACCAGUGGUAGAUACAAAAGAUGCACAUUUUUACUUGGUUGGUGAUAUUGGUGUUGCCCAAAUUACUAGUGUAGAUUUUGGAUUUGAUGCAUUGCGUGAUAUACGGUUAGGUUUUCGAACAUUAUUCAAAAAAAAGGCUAAAAAGCUUGUUAUAGAUUUAUCAAAUAAUCCAGGUGGUGCUAUUGAUGCAGCCCAAGUCAUAAGUUUUCUUCUGAUUCCACCAAAUAAUUUUAGCUUUUUUCCACGUGAUAUGAAGAUUACAAAUAUUUCUGAACCUUUGGUAGGACCUGGAAGCUUUUUCGAUCCAGACGAGCUUUCUCCAUUCCCUUCGGGAGGAAAUUUUUCUAGUAUAGAAAAUUUUAUAGGCAAAAACUUUGUUAAAAUAGGCAAUAAAACUUUAAGAUAUUCUAACAAAUUCGACUAUAAACUUACAAGAAAUCAAUUAAAAGUAAUUGAAAAUAAUAAGGAGUAUCCGUGGACAAGAAACAAUACUAUAAUUUUGACUAAUGGAUAUUGUGGGUCAGCCUGUGCGCUAAUAUCUCAAUAUUUAGCCGAGAUAGGCCAAUUUCCUACUGUCGCAGUUGGUGGUUUAUAUAAUACUUCUUUAUCAUUUGCUUCUUUUACUGGUGGAGAAUUUUUUAGCUAUGAUGGGAGUGUUAAACUUAAGGAUAUCCCUAGCUUGCCAGUAUCGGGUGAGCUUCAAUUUACUGCAAGCAAGUCUUAUAGCAUUCUCGAAAAAAAUGAAGUUUUAGACUUUUCAUAUAGACCUUCUAAAUAUAGACUUUAUUACGAUGAUAAAAGUGCUAGAGAUCCUAGUCUAUUGUGGAGUAAGGCCGCUGAUUUUUUAUAA